CUUCACUUAAUGGUUUCUAGGCCUAAUGGUUUCCACUCAGACUCAAUCACACAACAAGUAAGAGAGAAAAAUAAUCUCCUACUUCUCUCUUUUCUCUUACUAAAAACAUUUGUUUGCUUAUCAUUAAAAAAGUCUCCCAUAAAAAAAAAGAAAACGAUGGCCAUGAUGAGUAAACGUUGCAGUCACCUCUUAAGUCUACUGUUCGUCUCUACUCUUCUGAGCUUCCCUUUCAUAACCAUAUCGGAGACGCCGUGUCCGUACCCUUGUUACCCUCCUCCAACUGGAGGUGGCUCAACUCAACCGGCCGGUUAUUACCCUCCUCCAACUGGUUAUUAUCCUCCUCCAACCGGUUAUUACCCUCCUCCAACUGGAAAUGUACCCAACUACCCUUCUCCACCGUACGUCGGAGGUGAUUCCGGUGGCGGAUAUUACGGUCCUCCACCGCCUGACCCUAUCUUGCCUUACUUCCCGUUCUACUACAGAAAGCCUCCUCAUCAGACGGAUCAGUCAUCAUCUUCAUCUGUUUCUGUGGGAUCAACGGUCAAGAUUGUAACGGUGGCAAGUGUUCUUGCGUUGCUUUUGGGAUAUAAGUGCAAUACAACCAAUGUGGAGAACGUCACUUUCGGUUGGUGUGACUUUGUAGGUGGGUGUUAUGGAAUGGACUAUUGCACUUAAUUCACGUUAAGACUUUUC